UUGUUGGAUAUAAUCUUUGUUCUUUUUCACUGUACUGUGGAUCCCAUGAGAGAGAAAGAGAGAUCACAUUUUUCAACUGUCUGACACUGCAAAAGAGGUUUUUUUUAUGCUUCUUAAACAAGACUGGUGGAAUGAGGGAGCUGGGGUGGUAUCCUCUCUCACUGACCUCAAUCAUUUUCUAGUGAUUUCCCACUCAUUUAUAAGCUUGGUUUUGAGUGCUCCCUAUGGCCAAGAUACUGACAUGAGCAAGUGAAGUCCCUCCGCAGAUUCCUCUUGUCAGCAAAAAAAAAUGAGGCCUUUUAGUCCUGCUAACAUACUAGUAGGCAUCUCUUCAGACCCAUCUGAAAGCAGAGAUCUUCUCUCAUGGGCAGUCACUGCUUUAGCUCGUCCUCGUGACAACAUUGUUGCCCUCCAUGUCCUGGUCGGUGGAUACACGAAGAAGGGACAAAUUACCCAGAAGUGUCUGUCGAAAAUCCGCAGAGCAAAAGCAAAUGUUAUAUCUCUGCUAGGUGAAUUCGCUAAGACCUGCCAGUCAAACCAGAUAAACUUGGAAGCUAGAGUAGGAUUCAGCACAAGUGUUGGGGGAGGUCUAGUUAAAGAAGCGAAAUCUAUUUCAGCAGAAUAUCUCCUUCUUCGGGGAUCGAGAGGAGAAUCUGAUAGAUACUCACACGGGAUUCUAAGGUAUUGUUUUGAGAAUGCACCUCAAAACUGUGCAGUCAUCUCGGUGGGGAAAUGUACCAUGAAAGAACAGACAUAUAUACCUCCCAAGCAAUCAAAAGUUAAAACUCAUCAACUAAGUUCAACAUGGCUGAACCAGACAAUCUGCGGUGGCAGAGAACGAUCCCACGUUAAGUUUACUGAUCUAGAAACAAAGAGUAAAAGCUUUUCACCAAGAACAGUUCUUGAUGAUCUUGAAAAGGAUUCUUGGACAACCACAGAUGAAUAUACCUCUAGCUUCCAAGACUCUAUUGUGGCAGCAACACCUCCUUGGCCUCAAAAUAUCAAGGCACAAUCAAACAGAAGGAAAUGUGCAUCUCUCUGCAAAUUGAUAUACUCUUUAUUUAUUUCGCCAUUUAGAAAAGGAAAUACUAAAACAGAGAGCCACCAGCCUCCGCUGCGGUGCUUCAGUCACGAGGAAAUCCUGGAUGCUACAAAUAAUUUCCAUCCUGAUUAUAUGGUGGGACAAGGUGGAUUUUCAGAAGUAUACCGAGGCGAUCUUUCUAAUGGACAGGUAAUAGCAGUGAAGAGGUUGGCCAAAGACAACAAUGAUGAAAACAAAGAAAGAGUGUUUCUGAUGGAAUUGGGCGUAAUAGGACAUGUCAGUCAUCCCAAUACCGCCAGCUUAGUUGGUUACUGUAUUGAAAAUGGGCUCUACCUGGUUUUCAACUUCUCUGAGAAUGGAAAUUUAGCUUCUGCGUUACAUGGCAAAGCAAACAAGUCACUUGAGUGGCCCAUACGAUACAGGAUUGCCGUGGGCAUUGCUAGAGGUUUGCACUAUCUUCACAAAUGCUGCAAGCAUCGCAUUAUACAUCGAGAUAUAAAAGCGUCAAAUAUCCUUCUCGGCCCUGACUACGAACCACAGAUUACCGACUUCGGUCUAGCAAAAUGGCUACCAAACAAGUGGACUCAUCAUGCCGUGAUUCCAAUCGAGGGCACUUUUGGUUAUCUUGCACCGGAGUAUUUCAUGCACGGGAUUGUGGACGAAAAGACAGAUGUGUUUGCAUUUGGAGUGCUGCUGUUGGAAAUAGUGACCGGCCGUAGGCCUGUCAAUUCAUCAAAGCAGAACAUUCUCCUCUGGGCAAUGCCUCUCAUGGAAUCUGGAAACAUUGCCGAACUGGCAGACCCAAAAAUGGAGGGAAAGUAUGACUCUGGUCAAUUGCGCAGAGUGGUAUUAACUGCUUCCUAUUGUGUGAGACAAUCUUCAAUAUGGCGACCGACGAUGAGUGAGGUGUUAGAGCUCCUGACUAAUGGCCUUGACUCCGACGUAGCCAAAAGCUGGAGGAUACCCAAAUUCUCUUCUGAUGAGGUGGAUGACUACUCCAUGGUAUUUGGAUACGAGGUUCCAACCGAUAUUUCCUUGGAGGAUUCCGUGUGAGUUGGCGAUUGCGUUGGCAAUUCAUCAUGUUCUAGAUGCUAUCAAAAUUCUUUGUUUACAAGGUUAAAGCAUAUUCAACAGAAUUCAGUUGCUUUUAAACCAAGCUCCUUCAUUAGUAACUCAGUUAUGUAAAUCUUUUAUCGAAGAAGGUACUGAAACAUAGAGGAUAUCUAGCUUGACUCAUGUA